AAGCCAUGGGAAAAUUGUUUUUUCUUUCCGAUUACAGUACCCUUAAAUACACAGUCCAAACCACUGGCAGUCAGUGGAAUUUUACAAAGCUGCCUUUCACUUGGAAUAUCGAGAAACGAGGGGAUUGGGGUUACAACCACAACUUAAAGAAAGAGACAGGGUGCGGGUGCAGAUGAUGUCCAGAGCUGACUGGGGUUUUCUGGAGCGUUUCCUGGAGGAGGGACAGGAGUACUCGACGGGGAUUGGACGGGUGUGGCUGACCGUGCUCUUCCUGUUUCGCAUGCUGAUCCUGGGCACGGCCGCGGAGUCCGCCUGGGACGACGAGCAGUCCGACUUCGUCUGCAACACCCAGCAGCCCGGCUGCGAGCUGGCCUGCUACGACCGCGCCUUCCCCAUCUCCCACUUCCGCUUCUUUGUCCUGCAGGUCAUCUUCGUCUCCACGCCCACCAUCUUCUAUUUCAUCUACGUGGCCCUGCGCAUGGGCUGGGAGAGGAAGCGCGAGGUGGAGGAGGCGGGGAGGAGGAGGGCGGAGGAGGGACGGGCGAGCCCCGACGAGGGGGCGCGGGGGGCCGGGAAGGCGGGCGGCGAGGAAGGGGAGGCGAAGGGCGUGAGAGGCGAGCAGGGCAACGAGCGGCGGGAGAGACCCAAGCUGAAGGGCAAACUGCUGUGUGCGUACACGCUCAGCAUCCUCCUCAAAGUGCUGCUGGAGGCGGGCUUCAUCCUGGGGCUGUGGUUCCUCUACGGCUUCGUCGUCCACGCCAAGUACGUGUGCCAGCGCCCGCCCUGCCCCCACAAGGUGGACUGCUUCGUCUCCAGGCCCACUGAGAAGACCAUCUUCACUGUGUACAUGCAGGCCAUCGCCGGGGUCUCCAUGCUCCUCAACGUCGUGGAAUUUUUCUACCUUGCGCAGCACGCCGUCACCCACUACCUGGAGAAGAAGUACCUGGGCAAAACUCCAGUCACUCUGCAAAUAGACAGAGAGCCCUCACAGCUGGACCUGCCCAGGGAGUCCGCUGUGCACUACCAGGAGAAGGGACACCUGUGCCUGCCUGGGGCUGGGUUUCCCCAGCCGUACCAGGAGUACGUGGAACCCGAAAUUGAGCUCAGCUGGGGUGUCGGAGACCAGGGGACGACCGAAGGCUCACUCUCAAACCCGCUCCCCAGCUAUUCGACUUGCAUGAGGGCCAUGAAAUCCACUUCGAACAGAGCGUCCUCAAAGGCAUCCUCUCAUAGAGAACAAAGCAAGAGGUCAAAGAAAGGGAAUUUGAAACAAUAUGUCUGAAACCUGUGAACUCAUUGGAGAGCUCCUGCUCUCCUUAAAAUGUGAAGACAGCAGUAGGUUGAGGAGGGGGGCCAAACAGAAUCUUAGUGAGGAGCAGGGAGCAAUGCCUUGCAUGUCAAUCUGUGUGUGCGUGCAUGUGUGUGUGCGUGUGUGCGUGUGUGCAGGAACACGUUAUCAUGUCCUAAGGGAUUAAAGUGAUGUUGGAGUCCUUUCCUUGUUUGGCUCAAGUUACGCCCUCUGGUCUGAAAUCCCCACGGGUUCAGUAGCCAAAACCAGAGCAUUUCCCCAGGAGUGAACUGGCUUGAACUGACGUCCAUGAAUGAGGUGGAACUGUGCCAAACCAUGGUGCUCUUCAGAGCUGUGUUUUUUGUGACUAAGGUUAAGAAAUGCAUCAUGGAAAAACACUGGGGGAAACUUUGAAAUUUGCUCCUAAGAAUAACUAUUCUGAAUGUAAUAUAUUUGAGAUACACUAAAGAUUCACUGUGAGUUAUGUGGGUAUAAAGCCAGGCAAAGGAUCUUUCCAUUAUAUUAGCCAUUUACUCAACAGAUGGCCUUAUCCGGAGUGACAAAUGACACUGUGCACAUUACCCACUUAUAUGGCUAUAUAUUUACUGAAACAAUUCAUUAUCUUGUGCAAGGGCACAGCAGUAGUGUUCCCCUCAGGAUUUGAACACACAACCAUCUGAUGUCCUACUGAUGUGCUACUGCUACUAAUUCAAAUGAAGAUUGCAAAUAUGGUACAGCAACAAAUGUUUUAUGUACUUUUAGGAAGCUUGGGGAAAAAAAUAGUUGAUGGGAACUGAAGUCAUCCCAAGUUUGAAGUUUAUCCUGUGAGUAAUAUUGACAGAAUGAUUUAUUGAGAAAUGCCAUUGUAAGAUUUGUUUGUUAAAAUGCAUAUUUAUUUUCUAAGAUUAUAAUAAAGGUAUUUUUUGUAUCAAAACAAUAAGUAAAAUUCCUAAACCUA